AUGGUGUCAACUAUACCUGCUGAGUUCCGGACUCAAUAUAUGAACCAAAGAGUGAAAGGAUGGGAGGUAUUCAUUUGCACAAUAUCUAACAUGUUAAAAAGAAAAGGUGUCAAAAUCACAAAACAUAGGGACAGAUCAGCACAUCAAGGUGUCCCGCCAUUUAUGCUCAAAAUUCAAGCUAUUCUUAUUGCAUGUAACCACCAUUUGAAAGAAUGCAAUGAUUGGUUUGACAGCUCUCAUUUAAUUAUGAACGACAAAAUUGCUAUUUAUCGAAAAAGUCGUUCAUACGUUGCGCAGUCGGCUGCAGAAAGGAUCAUAAAUGUUUACAAUGAAGAACUAUCAGUCUUGCAAAAGUUAAUGUCGGGGAGUGACCGGAUUCCGAUUCUCCGUGAGAAUCUGCAGAAGAUGAGAAAUUCAUACACUACAAUCAUGGAAUUGAAGGAGAGCAUGGAAACAAUUGCUCGUAUAGCACAAAAAGAAAAUAAACCUAGAGGAGUGGAGUCAUGGAAGCAUAUCGAGAAACUGAUUCCAUGA